CUCCUCCCGCUCCUCCUCCUCGGCUCCCGACAUGGCGGCCCCAGCAGAGCUUAGCGGUCUCAGCGACGAGGCAGCCUACGGCGCCUGCUCGGAACCGGAUGCCAGCACGAAGGAUUAUUUGUUCCAGCAGACAAUGUUAAGAGUAAAGGAUCCUAAGAAGUCUCUGGAUUUUUAUACAAGAGUUCUUGGAAUGACACUGCUUCAAAAGUUUGACUUUCCUACAAUGAAGUUCUCACUCUAUUUCCUGGGGUACGAGGAUAAAAAUGAUAUCCCAAAAGAUAAAACUCAGAGGACAGCUUGGACCUUCUCUAGAAAAGCUACACUUGAACUGACACACAACUGGGGCACUGAAAAUGAUGAAAAUCAGUCUUACCACAAUGGCAAUUCAGAUCCCCGGGGAUUUGGACACAUUGGAAUUGCUGUCCCUGAUGUCAAUAAAGCUUGUAAGAGGUUUGAAGAACUAGGAGUGAAAUUUGUGAAGAAACCAGAUGAUGGUAAAAUGAAAGGAAUUGCAUUUGUUCAGGAUCCUGAUGGCUACUGGAUUGAGAUUUUGAAUCCUAACCACAUGGCGACUCUUACUUAGUUUGAAUGAAGUCUGUUACAUAAGACAUGCUUUCAGUCCCUUGGAGAAAAUCUGUAACAAUGUUUGUGAAAUACUUGCUUAAUGUAGAGGAAUCAGUCAUGUUCAGAGUCUCCUCUAAAAUUAUCCCUUGGGAACUCAGUGUACUUGAAUUAAUAUUUUCUUUUCCUGUGAUGCCACUGCAAUUUGUUUCAAAUUAGGAAUACUCAACUUUUUUUUUUUUUGGAAGACCAUUCACAGAUUCUCCUCUUGAACAUUGAUUUUUAUUAAUAUUUCACUAAACAUUGUCAAAGAUGUGACCAGAAAUUAACACUAUGUAGAUGGAAACUAAGAACAAAAUAAUUCUGUAUCACUACUGCUGAGCUUCAACAAGGAAGAAUAUUUUUUUAAUGAAGUCAAUAGAUUCUGAAAGCUUCAUCCUCUAUCUUGUAUACUAGAAAAUAAAAUGUCAGACUGACUUUGA